AUGGCCACCGCUGUCUCUCUCGAUCCAUCGUAUCUCGCUAAUCCGCGACCAUCCUCCCCUAUCAAGAGAAAUGCUUGCUCGACAACUGCCGCGAAUGCGCCUCUCCACGACCGCCGCCAAGCCUUACUCGUGGACCUAGAUCAAGUCGUCCCCAUCGUCGGCAUCCAAUACUUCCAAGACUUCAUUCUUCCCCCGCUGCCUUGCAAUUCGCGUGCCAUAAAACGCACGAUCUCUAGCCUUCGAAGGAAGGAAGUCAUAACAGGUGGUCGCUGGAAGUACUGGGACAAGGACCCACGCGACCUCAACGGCGUUGACCCGGCGCAUGGUGGCCGGCUGUUGGAAGACGCAGUUUUCUCUGCGUUCGAGACUCUGUCCGACGACGUCAAGGAGUCAUUUAUUGCUAUUGGUGGCCCACAAGCCUCUCAAGAUGGCCAAGUUGAAUUCCGUUGCAAUCCGUCCUGCGUGCCCGUGUCACAAAACAGACGCGAGUCAUCCUUGUCCAGACCGGACGCAUACGCGCUGCUCAGCGACUAUAUCAGCCCAAUUCAGUGGUCGGAUGUCGUCAUACCCGGCGAAUUUAAGAAAAACGACAUAGCUACCGACAAGCUCGACGACCAUGAAAUCGUCGUCGAUUUCUUUUUGAGAGUGACAUUUUCGAAGCGGAGUGAUUUGGGAUACGACGAGACCAUGGUCAGGCUUCCCGCCUUGUCGCCACUGGACAAGUCGGUGGUGUACGAAAUCGAGGUCCGAGACCCUACGCAGACACCGGUGGUGAAGAAGUAUCGGACCCGGCGGCUGAUCUCUGAGCUCGGCGCAAUCUCUCCUCGGGGUCGCGGCACGCGUGUCUGGGAGGUAGACGAGCUGGACGCGGGCGGCAAUGCGGUGGGGACGACGACCAAGGUGGUGAAGGACACGUGGGGCGAUGAGGAUCGUCCAAUUGAGGGCGAAAUUGUCGCGAAGAUUCGCGAUAAGGCCAUCGCUGCCGGUCAAGGAGAGGACUUCAAGAAAUACUUCAUGUCCACAAGCCGGUAUGGCCACGUGUAUGUCGGAGAGGGCGACGACGCACGCCCCGAUUCCACGGCGAGCUUCAGACUAUCCAGGUUAGAUUCUCCCAAAAUACCGAUAAACGUUCCCACUCUCCGGAUCGCCGUCAACCCUGGACACCGCGCACAUGUGAUGACUCGACAAGGCCCAGUCGCCACCGACGCUGAUGUGCAAGCACAGAUUCCCGUGGAAUACUCGCGAUACUCUGCCAAGGUGCACCAUCGUAUCGUUUAUGACGAAGUGGGGACGCCCAUCUUCCGGGCUCAGUCGUUGCGCAGGGCGUUUCAGUGUAUUGGCCACGUGCUGCGGGGACUCGAUUUGAUGCAUCGACUUGGUUGGGUCCACCGAGACAUUAGCUACGGCAACAUUUUGAUCGUCGGGAAAAGAGGGAAGAUCACCGAUCUAGAAUACGCCAAAGAAGAUACGGACAUGUCUACUCACGGAAUUCGCACGGGUACCGUCUAUUUCAUGUCCCGGGAGGUCGAUUCGCACAGGUACCUGCACCUGGCGUAUAAGGCCGCGACAAAUGGACAAGUUUUCGCACUGGAGCAAGUCGAUAACGAUAUCGAGUACAACAGCGAGUCAGAUUGCGACAGUGACGCAGAAGAUGACGAGCCUACAGAAGCCGAACAUCCUCCUACCCCCGUAGCAAAGCCUACGGUCGACUCUCCAGCGGCUGCUAUUCCAUUUCGACACAACCCCCUGCACGACCUUGAGUCGGUUGUCUGGCUGUGCUUUUAUCUCCUGCUCGCUGCUACCUUCAAAAAGGAAAAGGUAGUUGGAUAUACACAUAAAGCGGUUGCUGCUUUCGCCGCCCACCAGGAUGAGGUUUUCCGCCACGUGUUCACUCGCCAGGAGAUGCGCCUCCACAUCAUGAAUCUGAACGCGAAGGUGGACGACAUAUUUUCCGGACUACAUCCAACAGUCAAGGAAGUAGCCGGUCACCUGCUAGCGAUGCGUGCACCUCUGGUGGAAGGCUUCAUCGCUGCCGAGGCGACGAUGUCAGCAGAAAAUCCAAUUCCCUUCACUGCAGGAUCCCGAGCCGUUGCCGAGAUGGGUAGACAUGUUUUCGAUAUCGUCAAUCAGUUGCUUUCCCGGAAGGACCUAAAGAUUCUCACCGAGGAUGACUUUAGGCCGCAGAGACCAGUGUGGAAGCAGAUCACUCCCAAAGCUAAGCCACGGCUUCUUCCGUCACCAACAGCAGAUGCGUCGACCCCUCAAGGCGCGAACGCAGAUCCUACGGCCGUCAAUGAGGUCCAAGAUCAUGGACUCGCGUCGGUGCAUGAUCAGGCCGGCGCAAUUGCUCGUCCCAACACUCGUAGCGCCUCGUCAACUCUUCGCAGGACCACUCGCUCGCAGAGCAAGAAGGCGCAGAGUUCGCAAGCAACGGCCACCGGUGACGACGCAGGAAUCUCGUCUUCCAUACAAGAGUCGCAGCCGAACACGAAGGGUAAGGGCAAGGCUCCUCACAGGACGACUCGCUCGCAGACGGCCAACAACGCCGACGGCAACAAGACUACGGAGACUGCUGUCAAGAAGGCAAAGUUCCGUGGUGGUGCGUCGCCUGUCGAAAAAGCCACUCGAUCGUCGCGUCGUGGCAGGAAUUUGUGAAGGCUCUUCUUUAUGAUGUUACGAGAAUGUUGUAUGUCAUAUCUUGUACAGUAUCAAAUAUAA